UUUUUCCAUAAAUAUAAAAAUGACCGACAAGAAAGAAGAAGAGAAAAAGGAGGAUGAUGAGCGUCUCGAAUAUCUUUAUAAGUAUUUAGUUUUAUCGAGAAAAAUUAAACCCGACAAAUGGAUGAAGAUGUUAACAAACGAGGAAUACAAGGAGAUGAUCAUGAAAUUCUUUGACAUGCCGUCGGAGAUGAUUCUGAUAGUGCAACUGAGUGCGGCCGGUGUCUUGGUGCCGCAUCUCGAGAUACCAGUGACAGGCCGGGUAAAGGCGUCGUACUUUAUAAAGAGAAGUCCUGCUAAGAUCACACGGAAAAAUUACAAGGACAUUAUUAUACCCGGCGACAUGGCGCCGAGACCCAUCGACGAAUUGUCCGUUUUGUUCGAGGAGGCUUAUGUCCCGAUAUUGUCGAAUCCGAAGAAUCAUAAGGGCUGGCCGCCCGUUAUCGGCGAGGAUACGAAGAAACACGUUUACGAUUUCCGCAAUAUAAUAUGCCAGAUCAAAGGUAAGAUGACAGGACAGACGUUACUGCCGAUGCCGAUGGGCAUCGAGCAGAUAUUCGAGGAGGAAUGGAAAGCGCAGCGGAGCGGCGGCGCCGAGGUCGAUGUUCGUUUAAAAAGCGAUAUAGAAAGAAUAGUGACAAAAUGGUGUUCGCAAAUUAACGAUGUACUCAACGAAGAGAGCACACGCGCCUUCCUCAACGCUAAACAGCCGCUACCGAGCGAGGAAAUCGAGUUUUGGUCUCAACGACUUGAAAACGUCGAAUCGAUCUAUAACCAGAUGAAGGAUCCUCGAGUAAAAAAGAUGGCAUCUAUUUUGGAAUUGACCAAGAGUCCCUACACACAAUGUUUCAAGACUUUGUUGAAGGAUGUUAUGACUGCGGUGAUUGAAGCGCGUGAUGUAUGUUCUUAUUUGAAAGCGGUGGAACCUCAUUUCGAAGACAUACAAAAUACCGAAUUCAAAGAUAUACAGCCAAAAUUAAAACCGCUGCUACAUUGCGUAUGCCUAAUAUGGUCGAACUCAAAAUAUUAUUGCACUUCCACGCGGAUAAUCACAUUGUUGUCCGAGAUAUCUAAUUUGCUAAUAACCGAGGCCACCAAAUAUUUGGAUCAGAGUACCUUGUUCGCGGGCGACGUCGAGGAUAAGUUGGAACAAUUGGAGCAAGUGACAAGCAUUAUGACAUAUUACAUAGAAAUGUUCGAGAUGUUUCGAGCAAAGUUGGAUUUUUAUUUCAAAUCCCCGGCCGAGUCGAUCCCAUGGAAUUUUGACGAAGAAUUAGUACUCGGAAGAAUAAUAAAUUUUCAGAAACGUCUGGCAGAGAUAAAACAUGCUAUUCAGAUAUUGUUUGAGACUGCUCAAGAAUAUUUCAAGCUAGAAAAGGUGGAAUUUACCGGUUUGAAAGGGAAAACAUUGUGCUCGAGAAUAUACGAUAUCCAUGAAAAGUUUGUCAAACUUUACGGUGAAUUCGCCGAGUUGGAAUACGAUAUUUUAAUCCCGGAAGAAACACGAUUCACCGAUAGCGUCACUCUUUUUUUAGCAAAGGUCGAAGAGUUUGAUCGACAGAUCGCGAAUAUAUUCGAUCAGACGUUCUCCGAAUGUCACAAUUUGGAAACUAUGUUCAAAGUAAUAUGGAUAAUAGGCUCGAUGGCCAAUCGACCGAUCAUCAUGACGCAAUUAUGGCACAAUUAUGAGAAAUUGCUUCGAAGAAUUCACAAUCUUUUCGAUGAUAUUAAAAUUAUAUUCGACAACACGUUCAAAGACCAUGACGAGAACGAAUGGAUCGAGACCGAUCAGUAUUUUCCGCGUGUUGCCGGCGCUUUAUGCACACUGAUGCAAUUGCGGAAAGAAAUAGAUUAUCCGAUGCAAUGCUUGAAAUCUGUCGAUCAUCCUCUAAUAUAUCUGGGAAUCGCGCGUGAAACCAAACUGAAGUACGAGCAACUGCAGUCACUUAUGGAUGCAAUGGAGCACGAAAUAUUCUUGGACUGGACCCAAAAGCUGAUCGAUAUAAGCAACGAGUAUUUGUCGAAGAGUUUAUUAACGAUACAGCACAUACAAUCUGAGUUUAUUUACACAAUGGUGAGUAAAUAUUUGGCUCGGAGAUUCAAGAUGACCCAAAAAUCUCGUUUAAACGAUAGGUACAAUUGGAUAAGAAAUAACAUUUUGCCUGAGGAAAUGGUGAUGGUGGGACACGAGAUCGAAAGUAUAGACAAAUUAAUAAGCAUGGGUCAAGAAAUGUAUGAUUGGAAUUCUCCAGAAGUGCCAGAAUAUAUCAAUAAUUUGAUGAAUCCGAUGCGAAAAUUACAUUCGCGGGUCUUUCGCGCGCAAGAAAACGUCGGCGCAUUGCUGCGGAUGAUUUACUCGUGGGCGCUGUCGCCGAUAUUAGAGCGUAAGGAUUUUAAAAGCGAGAAUUUGCUCGCCUUGGGCGAACGCGAUGAGAAUUUUCAAAAGCGAUACGAUCAGAUCGAGCGCGCCGUCAACGAACUAAAUCAAGUCUUGGACAAAAAUUACAAACUUUUCUUCGACUUGUUACCCGAUCUUUGGUACGAGAGAAACGAGUUGGAGUUGGACGAAACGCAAAUGGAUAUCGGGAAGCGAGAUAUAGAACUCGAAGAAAGAGCAGAGGACGUAGAAGAGUUACGAACUCCACCAAAAUUAAGAAUUGAAGAAAGGGAAAGAACGCCCGUUGGUGAUAUGGAAGAUGAAAAAGCUGAAUUAAUCGAAAUAUUUCAAACGGAGGAAGAAAUCGCUGAGCGUAUGAUCAAAUGGAAACCAUAUCUCACUUAUAUUGACGAUCUGAUGUCGAAAGCUCUGAUCCAAGCCGCUUCUACCAGUAUAUGUUACCUGCUCGAUGAAACUGAUCCAGAGAGCAAUGUGUCGCCUCUUUUCAAGAUUCAGUUAUUGCUCGAGGAGCCUCACAUUGUCUUUCGUCCUGCGGUAGAUCCGGAUGAUCCCGAAGGCUUUUAUAUGUUUUACGAGAAGUUGUUGCUUGAUAUUAUGAGGAUGGGAACUUUGAUACCUCGCGUAGAUCCCGACAUCGCAAUUGAACGAGAGCAUUAUGGAAUCGAUUUAGCGGAAGAAGAAAAUAUCGUUUUCAUGCUUGAGGAAACAUGUCAUCGGAUCAAAUUGGGUUUAGUGCAAGGACAGGAAUAUAUUGUCAUCUUUGAGCCAUUUUCCUGGUUAUGGCUAGACGAUAAGCAACAAUACUUGAAUUUGUUUUUACGUUUCGGCCGUGCUCUCACAAACGAAGAAAAAGAAAUAGUGGCGCAGCAGCUAGAAAAUUUAUCGGAGCAAUUAAAAGAGAAAAAGCCAGGAUUGAACGAUUUUAAAAGAGAGAUUGAUUACUUUACGGAUCUUUACAAAAAAUGUGACGAAUUCGAAAAUGAGAAAAUUUUCUUGCGUUGGUUACGGUUAGAUGUGAGAUCCUUCAAGCAAGCUCUACUCAACACGAUCUGCAAAUGGACUAAUUUAUUUAAGACGUAUCUCAUCGACCACGUCAACAGCGAGCUUAGAAAUCUUAGUGAAUUCUUAGCCAAUGCUCUAAAGAAAUUUACACAGCCGAUCGAACCGGAUGAUUACGAAGAUUUGUUAAACACUAUAUAUUACCUAAAACAGGUUCGAGAUCGACAAUUUCAAAUUGACGAAAUGUGGGAGCCUAUAAAGGCUACUAUAGAUCUUCUCAAGCAAUACGAUGUGAAAUUCGGUGAAGAAACGUAUACUUGGCUGACAGAAUUGCCGGAGCAAUGGGCGACGGUCAAGAAAUGGGCGGCGCAGGUGAAGCAGCUCGUGCAACCUUUGAUGGCGCAACAAAUUGAUCUGCUGAAGAAGCGUUUUAAUUAUUACGAUUUUAGACAACAACAGUAUUUGACGCGAUUCCGCGAGAACGUCGUAUUUAAUUUCGAUUGUACGAAUGUGUACGAAAAAUUAGACAAAAUAAACGAAGAAAUCAUGAAGUUUGAAGAGGAGUUAAAGACAUUGCACGAUCAAGCGAAUAUAUUCGAGCAGCCAAUAACGGAAUUUAAACAAAUCAAGCUCGCCAGAAAAGAAUUGAGAUUUUUGAAGAAUCUUUGGGAUUAUGUCCAUAUUGUUACGUCGAGUCUAGACGAAUGGAAGACAACAUUCUGGAAAAAAAUAGAUGUCGAAGGAAUGGAUCAAGAAUGUAAAAAAUUGAUUCGGGAAUUGAGACAAUUAGAUAAAGAGAUACGAACUUGGGACUUGUACGCGCGGAUAGAAGCGCAAGUGAGGAACAUGAUAUCAUCGCUAAGGGCAGUUUCGGAAUUGCAAAAUCCCGCUAUCAGGGACAGACAUUGGCAAGAACUUAUGGCUGAAACACGAGUGAAAUUCACUAUGGACGAUAAAACCACUUUGGAAGAUCUGCUAAAAUUAGAGCUUCAUAAAUAUGAGGAGGAGGUUAAGAACACGGUGGAUAAGGCGGUUAAAGAAAUGAGCAUGGAGAAAGUUCUCAAAGAACUGCACAACACAUGGGACACUCUCGAAUUCAGUAAAGAGCUGCACGAGCGUACGAAACUCAAUGUCCUAAAAAUAAGUGAAGGAAUGAUCGAGACGUUGGAAGAGAAUCAGGUACAACUGCAAAAUAUGUUAGAGUCCAAAUACGUCGCCUACUUCCUCGACGAAGUGACGGACUGGCAAAAGAAGCUCGACAAUGCAGACGCCACGAUCAACGCCUGGUUUGAAGUCCAACGAAGAUGGAUGUAUCUGGAAAGUAUUUUUAUCGGCUCGGAAGAUAUAAGAAGUCAAUUACCUGAGGAAUCGAAACGCUUUGAAAAGAUAGACAAGGACUUUAAGGAUCUAUUGAAGGAAAUGUUGACUAAUUUGAAUAUAGUGAAGUCAAUGAAUAAACCAAAACUCUUAGAGCGCUUGGAGGAAUUGGAUAAACAAUUGAACAUUUGCGAGAAAGCACUGUUUGAUUAUCUGGAGACAAAAAGACUGGCCUAUCCACGAUUCUAUUUUAUCUCAUCUGCAGAUCUAUUAGAUAUACUGAGCAAUGGAAACAAUCCCGAACUGGUUUGCAAGCAUUUGCCUAAAUUAUACGACUCGUUAGCGAAGCUGCAGUGGAUACUCGAAGGAGGAAGGCCGACGAAACUCGCCAACGGAAUGGUAGCGAAGGACGGCGAGGAAAUGGCCAUGUAUGGUACAUGCGAUUGCACAGGAAAGGUUGAGAUCUGGUUGAAUCGCGUUACGGAUGCAAUGAGGCGAACCGUGAGAUAUCAUUUCAGCCAGGCUGUCGUUUCGUACGAUGAAAAGCACCGCGAGUCUUGGAUUCUAGAUCACGAGGCGCAGCCAGCUCUAUGCGGCACGCAAAUCUGGUGGACUUCCGAGGUGAAUAUGGCAUUCGUGCGGCUCGAACAGGGAUUCGAGAAUGCGCUCAAGGAUUAUCAGAAAAAGCAGAUCAAUCAAUUAAUCGCGUUGAUCGCAAUUCUACGCGGCGAUCUGAACGAGAAUGAUCGGCAAAAGAUAAUGACUAUCUGUACCAUCGACGUGCACGCGCGUGACGUCGUCGGCAAAUUAAUAACUCUCAAAGCGGAAAGUUCCUCCAAUUUUCAAUGGCAGUCGCAGUUAAGACACAGGUGGGACGACAAAUCGGAAGAUUGCUUCGCCAACAUUUGCGACGCGUGUUUCAUAUACGCUUACGAGUACCUGGGUAACGUGCCACGGCUAGUAAUUACGCCGUUGACGGACAGAUGCUACAUUACGUUGACGCAAUCGUUGCAUCUGAUAAUGGGCGGUGCACCGGCUGGGCCCGCAGGGACGGGGAAAACCGAGACGACCAAGGACCUCGGUAGAGCCCUCGGACAAAUGGUUUAUGUCUUCAACUGUUCCGAACAAAUGGACUAUAAAUCUUGCGGCAAUAUAUACAAGGGUUUAGCGCAGACCGGAGCAUGGGGUUGCUUCGACGAAUUCAAUAGAAUUUCCGUCGAGGUCUUGUCAGUGGUCGCUGUGCAAGUGAAAUGCGUUCUGGAUGGAAUCAAAAAUCGAAAGAACACAUUCUUGUUCUUUGGAGACGAGCUCAACAUCAUAAACACAGUUGGCAUGUUUAUAACGAUGAAUCCCGGUUACGCCGGUAGAACGGAAUUACCCGAAAACUUGAAGACACUAUUCCGGCCCUGUGCUAUGGUGGUGCCCGAUUUUGAGCUAAUUUGCGAAAUCAUGUUAGUGGCCGAGGGUUUUCAAGAGGCGAGAUUACUAGCGAGAAAGUUCAUUACUCUGUAUAUGCUAUGUCGUGAACUCUUAUCCAAGCAAGAUCAUUAUGACUGGGGUCUGAGAGCCAUCAAGUCCGUUUUGGUCGUCGCUGGAAAAUUGAAGCGUGACGAUAAGCAAAGACCGGAGGAGCAAGUGUUAAUGAGAGCUUUAAGAGAUUUUAAUUUGCCAAAAAUCGUGACUGAUGAUGUGCCAGUAUUCAUAGGAUUAAUCGGAGAUUUAUUUCCCGCGUUGGACGUACCGCGAAAGAGAGAACCAGAUUUCGAAAUGAUGGUCAAAUCUGCGGCUCUCGAUUUAAAACUACAACCGGAGGAUGGAUUUAUUUUAAAGGUAGUACAAUUGGAGGAGUUGCUUCACGUUCGACACUCUGUCUUUAUUGUCGGCCUCACUGGGACCGGUAAGACCGAAGUCUGGAAAACGCUCAACAGAACGUAUACGAAACAAAAUCGCAAACCGUUUUACAACGAUCUGAAUCCAAAGGCGGUGACCAACAACGAGUUAUUUGGUGUCAUUAAUCCGGCGACGAGGGAAUGGACAGACGGGUUGUUCUCCAUGAUAAUGAGAGAGCAAGCCAAUAUGCCCGGCAACGGUCCAAAGUGGAUCGUGUUCGAUGGUGACAUCGACCCGAUGUGGAUCGAAUCAUUGAACACUGUGAUGGACGAUAAUAAGGUCUUGACGUUGGCGAGUAACGAGAGAAUUGCAUUGACCAAACAUAUGCGUCUUCUCUUCGAAAUCGCAUCUUUAAGGACAGCUACGCCAGCGACAGUGUCCAGAGCGGGGAUUUUAUAUAUCAAUCCACAAGAUUUAGGCUGGAGCCCAUUUAUCACAAGCUGGGUAGAGACGAGAGAUCAUUCCGAACGUGCUAAUCUAUCGAUUCUCUUCGAAAAGUACAUUCCACCUCUGCUAGACGUGACAAAGUCAAGAUUUAAGAAAAUCACUCCCUUACCAGAGAUAUGUCAUUUACAAAUGCUUUGUCAUUUGCUUGAUUGUUUUCUGACCAAAGAAAAUGUACCGCCAGAGUGUCCGAAGGAAUGGUACGAAUUGUAUUUUGCAUUCGCCUGCAUUUGGGCGUUCGGUUCCGCGACAUUCCGAGAUCAGCUGAUAGAUUGGCGAAAUGAAUUUAGCAGAUGGUGGCAAAAUGAAUUCAAAACCGUCAAGUUUCCAACGGGUGGAACCGUAUUCAGUUAUUUCAUAGAAGCAGAAACGAAAAAAUUGCUACCCUGGAGCGAAAAAGUCAGCCCGUUCGAAUUGGACUCGGAUAUUCCACUUCAGUCCGCUUUAGUGCCAACCGGAGAAACCGUGCGUUUGCGUUUUUUCGUGGAUAUAUUGAUAAAGAAACGCGUUCCAAUAAUGUUAGUGGGUGGAGCGGGCUCCGGAAAAAGUGUCAUCAUGUCCGAUAAAUUGACAAGUUUGCCAGAUAAUUACAACAUCGCAAAUGUUCCCUUUAAUUUCUACACAACAUCAGAGAUGUUGCAAAGAAUACUCGAGAAACAUUUGGAGAGGAAAGCGGGACGUAAUUAUGGGCCCCCGGGUACAAAAACAUUGAUAUAUUUCAUAGACGACAUGAACAUGCCGGAAGUGGACACUUAUGGGACCGUACAACCGCAUACUCUCAUCAGGCAACAUAUGGAUUACAAUCAUUGGUACGACAGAACAAAAUUAACUUUAAAGGAAAUUUACAAUACGCAAUACGUAUCUUGUAUGAAUCCUACUGCGGGUAGUUUCACCAUAGAUCCACGCUUGCAGAGACACUUCGCCGUUUUUGCCGUCAGUUUUCCGCAAUUCGACGCGCUCAAAUUGAUAUACAGCCAGAUCCUUGAGCAGCACGUGAUUGAUCCGCGGGAGAAGUUCCAUCCGGCGGUGCAGAAGUUCAUGAUUCCUUUAAUAGACACCGCGUUGUAUCUCCACGAUAAGAUGGUCUCGACUUUCCUACCGACGGUCGCCAAGUUUCAUUAUCUUUUUAAUUUACGCGAUUUAACCAACAUCUUUCAGGGAAUGCUGUUCGCCCGCGGUGAUAUCUUACCAAUUCCGAGUCACAUAAUUAGGCUUUACGUUCAUGAAGCGACACGGGUGUAUCGCGAUAAACUAGUGAAUUACGAAGAUCAGAAAGUAUUCGAUCGGCUGCUGCUCGAGGCUCUUCGAAAAAAUAUACAAAAUCUGAACGAAAACGAAAUUAAUUUGGAGCAACCGUUAAUAUACUGUCAUUUCGCGGAAGGAAUCGGAGAAGCCAAGUAUGCACCUAUCAAGACCUGGACUCAGCUUGUGAAAUUACUUAAUGAAGCUUUGUUCAAUUAUAAUGAACUGGUGUCAGCAAUGAAUUUAGUAUUAUUCGAGGACGCCCUAUGUCACGUGUGUCGUAUUAAUAGAAUAUUGGAGGCGCCGAGGGGCAAUGCACUUCUUGUGGGCGUAGGUGGUAGUGGCAAACAAUCCUUGUCACGACUAGCUUCUUUCGUUUCCUCGUUGGAGGUAUUUCAAGUACAACUGCGUAAAGGUUACUCGUUAAAUGAGCUGAAAGCUGACUUGGCCGUGUUGUACCUGAAGGCUGGCGUGAAGAGUAUAGGUAUUACUUUCUUAAUGAGCGAUUCACAAGUCGCUGAGGAAAAAUUCUUGGUCGUUGUGAAUGAUAUGUUGGCAUCGGGGGAGAUCAUGGAAUUGUUGGCUGACGACGAAGUGGAAAACGUCAUUAAUGCCGUGCGCAACGAGGUAAAGCAAACCGGAAUAAUCGACACCAGAGAGAACUGCUGGAAAUUUUUCAUCGACCGCGUGCGAAGGCAAUUGAGAUGCGUCCUGUGCUUCUCGCCGGUAGGGGCGACCCUACGAAAAAGGGCCAGGCAGUUCCCCGCAAUAGUAAAUUGCACCGCGAUUGACUGGUUUCAGGACUGGCCGCAAACGGCUCUAGAAUCCGUGUCGGCGACGUUUUUGGAGGAGUUGAAGGAAUUAUCGCCCAAAUAUCGGACUUCCGUAUCACUCUUCAUGUCCUUUGUUCACACGAGUGUAAACAACGUGUCCGCGAUAUAUUUGCAAAAUGAAAGAAGAUAUAACUAUACGACGCCGAAAUCAUUUCUCGAGCAGAUCUCUUUGUAUUCCAAAUUAUUAACAGAAAAAACGCACGAUUUGAAUGCAAUGAUAACGCGUCUCACCGAUGGAUUGGUGAAACUCGCAUCCUGUGCCGUUCAGGUCGACGAGUUAAAGAUCAUUCUGACCGCUCAAGAGAUCGAGUUGAAGAAAAAGAACGAAAUAGCUGACAAGAUAUUGGCUGAAGUACGCGAGGAGAACACGAAAGCGGAGGUGGAAAAGGUUAUUGCGACCGAGGAAGAGGCGAAAGUGGCGGAGAUCAAGGAGAUGGUGUCGGAACAUCAGAGACGUUGCGACGAAGACCUGGCCCGAGCGGAGCCGGCGGUGAGGCAGGCCGAAGCUGCGCUCGAUACUUUGAACAAGAAUAACUUGACCGAAUUGAAGUCUUUCGGGACGCCGCCGGAUGCGGUGCUAAAAGUCGCUCAGGCUGUGCUCGUUCUAUUCGCGCCGGAAGGUAGGAUCCCGAAAGAUAGAUCUUGGAAAGCCUGCAGAAUGAUAAUGGGAUCUAUUGAUGGAUUUCUAUCGGCGUUGCGUAAUUACGAUAAAGAGAAUAUACAUCCGGAUAUCGUUAAAGCAAUCCAGCCGUAUAUCAUUGACAAAGAGUUCGAUCCGGAAAUCAUAUAUUCAAAAUCGCAAGCGGCAGCAGGACUAUGCAGCUGGGUGAAAAACAUCAUGGUAUUUCAUUAUAUCAAUGAGAACGUAAAACCUCUAAGAAUCGCACUUGCUCAGGCAAACGCCGAGUUGAAGGCCGCUAUGGACAAGUUGAAUGCUUUGAGGAGCCGUUUAGCGGAGCUUCAGAAGAUAUUAGACAUUCUGGGCGAAAAGAUGAACGUGGCUUUAGAGGCGAAACAAAAGUGUCAGGAUGAAGCGGAAGCAACCGCGUUCACUAUAGAUUUGGCAAAUCGAUUGGUAAACGGUCUCGCAUCUGAGAACGUUCGUUGGGCUGAGACUGUAGAAGUGUUAAAAAAAUCCGAAAUUACUCUACCGGGCAACGUGUUACUCGUCACGGCAUUCAUCUCUUAUAUGGGAUGUUUUACGAGGAAAUAUAGAAUGGAUCUCAUGAAUUUACAUUGGUUACCGUUUCUCGACAACCUGAAAGUGCCAAUACCGCACAUACCGGACUUGGAUCCGUUGUCUUUAAUGACCGACGACGCGAAGAUUGCCCAGUGGAAUAACGAUGGUUUACCCACGGACAGGAUGUCCUCGGAAAAUGCCACGAUACUCACAAAUUCGUCUAGAUGGCCACUGAUGAUCGAUCCGCAAUUACAAGGAAUCAAGUGGAUUAAGAAUACAUUCGGGAACGAAUUAACGGUGUUACGUUUAAAUCAAAAGAAUUAUCUCGACAAAAUCGAACACGCUAUCGCAAACGGAGAGGUGGUGUUACUGGAGAAUAUUAUGGAAACGGUCGAAGCUGUUCUAGAUCCGAUCCUGGGUCGGGUUUUAAUAAAGAAAGGAAGGGCUAUCAAGGUGGGGGAUAAAGAGGUGGAUUACGAUCCGCGCUUCCGUCUCAUCUUGCAAACAAAACUGGCGAAUCCUCACUACAAGCCAGAGAUUCAAGCUCAAACCACGCUCAUCAAUUUCACGGUUACAAAGGACGGUUUGGAGGAGCAGCUAUUAGGCGCCGUCGUGAAAGCGGAACGUCCGGAUCUGGAGUCGAGCAAAGCCGAGCUCACGACUCAACAAAACACGUUCAAGAUCACAUUGAAGGUGUUGGAGGAUGAUCUGUUGCACAGAUUAGCGACGGCUGGACCUGACAUCCUAAGUGACGUUGCUCUUGUGGAGAACCUCGAAACUACGAAGAAGACCGCGAGCGAGAUCGAAACGAAGGCGAUCGAGGCGAAGGUGACCGCUGUGAAGAUAGACGAGGCGCGAGAAUCCUACCGGCCGGUGGCAUCCAGGGCCAGCCUCCUCUACUUCAUCCUUAACGAUCUCAACAAGAUCAACAUGCUGUACCAAUUUUCUCUCAAGGCGUUCAGCACGGUCUUUCAGAAUGCUAUUAAAUUCGCUGAAUCGGCCGACACCCUCGGUAAACGCGUCGCCAGUCUGAUCGACAGCGUCACGUUCCUGGUUUUUACCUACACCAGCAGAGGACUAUUCGAGAGCGACAAGCUCAUAUUUCUCUGUCAGCUGACUUUUCAGAUUCUGCUGCAGACGGAAGAGAUAGAACAGAUUGAAGUAGAUUUUCUUUUACAAUUCCCUUAUUUACCGGAUCAAACGAGUCCAGUAGACUUUUUGAGCAACAUCGCCUGGGGCGGCAUCAAAUAUUUGAGCGGAAUGGAAACUUUCCGCAAUUUAGAUCGCGAUAUAGACGGGGCGGCGAAAAGAUGGAGGAAAUUCGUAGAAUCGGAAACACCGGAGAGAGAAAAAUUUCCUCAGGAAUGGAAAAACAAGACAGCUUUCCAGAGACUUUGCAUGAUGAGAUGCUUGAGACUAGAUCGAAUGGUUUACGCAAUACGAUGUUUUGUGGAAGAGAAACUGGGUGGCAAAUUCAUAGAGUUCCGUAUGCAGCCGUUCGAAAAAUCAUACGAAGAGACAGGCGCGAAUACGCCGGUAUUUUUUAUUUUGUCUCCAGGAGUCGAUCCUUUAAAGGAUGUCGAGAAACUUGGUAGACGGCUCGGCUUUACGUUCGACGCGCAAAAUUUCCACAAUGUAUCGUUGGGACAAGGUCAGGAGCCCGUCGCGGAAAACUCGAUGGACAUUUCGGCGCGCAACGGUCAUUGGGUUAUACUUCAAAAUAUCCAUCUGGUGCGAAAUUGGCUGCCGAAUUUGGAAAAGAAGAUAGAACAACUCUCGGAUGAAUCGCACGAGGACUAUCGUCUCUAUAUUAGCGCGGAACCGAGCCCCGAUCCUCACGAAUCAUUAAUACCGCAGGGCAUACUAGAGUCAGCCAUAAAGAUCACCAACGAGCCACCGACGGGUAUGCGCGCCAAUAUACACAAAGCUUUGGACAACUUUAGCCAGGACACACUGGAAUCUUGUACUAAGGAGACAGAAUUCAAAGCUAUUCUCUUUGCCCUCUGUUAUUAUCAUGCUGCUGUGGCCGAGCGUAGAAAAUUCGGAGCGCAAGGAUGGAAUAGGUCAUAUCCCUUCAAUGUUGGCGAUUUGACCAUCAGUGCUUCGGUAUUAUUAAACUAUCUCGAAGGCAAUACUAAGAUACCCUGGGAGGAUUUGCGUUAUUUAUUCGGAGAGAUCAUGUACGGCGGUCAUAUAACCGAUGAUUGGGACAGAAGGCUGUGUCGGACGUAUCUCCUCGAGUAUCUACAGCCGGAAUUGGUCGAGGGCGAAUUAUAUCUGUCGCCAGGUUUUCUGGUGCCACCCAGUACUGAUUAUGCAGGCUAUCAUCUGUACGUGGAGCAUUAUUUGCCGACGGAGAGUCCCGUCCUGUACGGACUUCACUCGAACGCGGAAAUCGGAUUCCUCACAAGCACGGCGGAGAACUUAUUCAGAACAAUCUGGGAGAUGCAACCGCGGGACGGCGCCGAUCCAACGGCCGGAGUGUUACCGAAAGAAGAGAAGGUGAAGGUUAUAAUAGAGGAUUUACUUGACAAGCUUCCCGAGGAGUAUAAUAUACAAGAAUUGAUGAGCAAGACGGAAGAUCGUACUCCUUACGUUAUCGUCGCUCUCCAGGAAUGCGAACGUAUGAACGCACUUUGCAAGGAACUAAAAAGAUCUCUAAGAGAAUUGGAUCUCGGUUUGAAGGGCGAGCUCACGAUUAGUGCAGAGAUGGAGGAUCUGCAAAAUAAUCUGUUUAUGGAUUCUGUACCGCCGUCGUGGACUAAACGCGCCUAUCCUUCCACGUUGGGUUUGUCGAAUUGGUUCGCGGACAUGCUCAAUCGAAUAACCGAAUUAUCGAACUGGACGCUAGAUUUUAACUUACCGUCGUCGAUUUGGCUGGGUGGCUUUUUCAAUCCGCAGUCCUUACUUACCGCCAUCAUGCAGCAAACCGCCCGUAAAAACGAGUGGCCCUUGGACAAGAUGUGUCUGCAUUGCGACGUAACCAGAAAGCAGAAGGAAGAAAUUAUGGUGCCACCGCGCGAGGGCGCAUAUGUGAACGGCUUGUAUAUGGAGGGUGCGCGAUGGGAUAUCGCAACUGGCGUCAUCGCGGAUAGUCGGCUCAAGGAAUUAUUCUCCCUGAUGCCGGUGGUAUUCGUCAAGGCCAUCACGCAGGACAAGCAAGAGACAAAGAAUAUAUACGAGUGUCCAAUUUACAGGACUAGGAUGCGCGGUCCUACGUACAUCUGGACGUUCAAUCUCAAGACGCGCGAAAAGCCCACCAAGUGGACCCUGGCCGGCGUCGCGAUUCUCCUACAGAUUUAAGAUUCUCUUUUCUGCUCCAGCAUCCGCGUUCGUGAAACUGACCGUUUCUGCUUCUUUCAUUUUUUUAUGCCUUUCUCUUCGCACAAGUCGUAAUGGCAAACCACCGCCGCCGCGCGACGACGGUUUCCCGGUUAAUGACCUCUUCGCAAUUACGUCAAACCUUCUUCGACUUACGGUCGAGUCGAGGAACGGCGAUAAUUACAAUGCGCGUAUUCGGAUAAUUACGAUUGACGUAUAUACGCGUCCGUUGUAACGCGCAUCUCUUUGUAACCGGCGCUCUGUAAGCGGUACGAUUUCGACCCGAGUGGAACCUCGUUCUUUCCCGAACGGAAGGAACUUGGCUCGCAGAUGUGACACGCUCGUUUAGUCCAAAAGGUAUACCGCUGGUGUCGUCGCACGCCAAUUGAAAUCGUCAAUUGAGAGAAUCGGCAUGAAUGUGACACAAUGUGAACGAAUACACAUUUUGACAACGGUAGAAUAUUGACGAUUCUUUCUUUCUUUUUCGCACAUCCGGUGUUUUCUUUACGCGCCCACAACACAUACACACCGCCGGUACGGCUAUUUGACAAGUCGACGACAGUACACGACGACAAUAUGAUUGGAGGUUUCAAGGAAGUGGUCACCCUUUAUCGACUGCGACGUAAUUAUCUGUUUCACGAGGAGGCAUCUGGUUUCGCGUGCCGUCCGGCUUCCGCGACGACGCGAUGCGGAAUUUUGGACACGCGAGUGAAACGCCUUGCGAAACCUAACCGAGUCAACUAAACUGACAAUAACGAAACGACCGGUAAAGUAUAGCGCGCAAGCGAAGCCUACUGUCGCGCGACAUUGUAACCGCACUCGCAAUUGCGCAUAUAUGCUUCUUCAAACGAUACGCUCUCGACUAAACCCCUAUCACCCUUUAUCCGAAAUUAUUGAUUGUUACAACGAGAAUUUAUAAAUAUUAUUUGUAUGUAAAUCUAUAUACAGA